UUUCACAUUACUUAAACAUACUGGACAUCCAAGAGGGGCCCUUCCUUCGUAGGUCAUAACUAAAAUCAUACUUGACAUCACUCACUCGCUCGCUCCUCUCGAACUGAAGCGUUGACAGGGAAGAAAGAAGUUGUUGUUUCCUUUUGUUAGAACACGGGGGGGUUAGUUUAAAGCUGAAGAUUGAGUGAUAUAAGGUAGUUUCACUGCAGGGUAUGGAUUCACUUGAGCAUGAUGGGAAUGGGGAGGGGAAUGGAGCGCAUGAAGGAAAUGGGGGAGCGGACGCUUUGCCACUUCCUCCUCCACCAGUAAUUCCACCAGAUUUUGUUCCAACACGAGUGGAACCUGAACCAGUUAAGAAAAAGGUGGCGAGGGUUCCAAUAUCCAGGCGCGGCCUUGGAUCCAAAGGGCAAAAGAUAACUCUGCUUACAAAUCACUUCAAAGUUAAUGUUACAAAAGUUGAUGGUCACUUCUUUCAUUAUAGUGUUUCCCUCUCUUAUGAAGAUGGUCGUCCUGUUGAUGGUAAGGGCAUUGGAAGACGAGUAAUUGACAGGGUGCAACAGACCUAUGAUAAUGAGUUAGCUGGAAAGGACUUUGCUUAUGAUGGGGAGAAGAGCUUAUUUACUGUUGGUUCCCUUCCACGCAACAAGCUCGAGUUUACUGUUGUGCUGGAGGAAAUUUCAUCCAACAGAAACAAUGGAAAUGGAAGUCCUGAGGGGCAUGAAAGUCCUAACUCGAGUGAUCGAAAGAGAUUACGUCGCCCUUAUCACUCCAAAACAUAUAAAGUGGAGAUUAGUUUUGCUGCAAAAAUCCCAAUGCAAUCUAUUGCUAAUGCACUCCGUGGUCAAGAAUCAGAGAACUCCCAAGAAGCCUUGAGGGUUCUGGAUAUCAUACUACGGCAGCAUGCAGCUAAACAGGGCUGCCUCCUUGUACGGCAAUCAUUCUUUCACAAUGAUCCGAAGAACUUUGCUGAUGUAGGAGGGGGUGUUCUUGGGUGUAGAGGGUUCCAUACAAGCUUUAGAACCACUCAGGGAGGCUUGUCUUUGAAUAUUGAUGUAUCUACUACAAUGAUAAUACAGCCUGGCCCCGUAGUGGAUUUUCUAAUUGCCAAUCAAAACGUUAGGGAUCCAUAUUCAAUAGACUGGGCCAAGGCUAAACGAAUGCUAAAGAAUUUGAGAAUCAAGGUGAUUCCCUCCAACCAAGAGUACAAGAUAACUGGAUUGAGUGAGAAACCCUGCAGAGAGCAAAUGUUUUCACUCAAGCAGAAAAAUGUGAGUAAUGGGGAUGGUGAAGUUCAGUCCCAGGAAAUCACUGUUUAUGACUACUUUGUCAAUCAUCGCAAUAUAGAUUUACGAUAUUCAGCAGAUGUUCCUUGCAUCAAUGUUGGGAAGCCAAAGCGCCCUACCUAUAUUCCUCUUGAACUUUGUUCUUUGGUUUCCUUACAACGUUACACAAAAGCGCUUUCCACUCUACAGAGAGCUUCGCUUGUGGAGAAAUCAAGGCAGAAGCCACAAGAAAGGAUGAAUGCAUUAUCUAAUGUUCUACGAAAUAGCAAAUAUGAUGCUGAACCAAUGCUACGUUCAUGUGGCAUUACAAUAAGUACUAAUUUUGCUCAAGUGGAAGGCCGUGUUCUAUCAGCCCCCCGGUUAAAAGUGGGAAAUGGGGAGGAUUUCUUUCCUCGAAAUGGGCGGUGGAAUUUCAAUAAUAAGAAAUUAGUGGAGCCAACAAAGAUAGAACGAUGGGCUGUUGUGAACUUUUCUGCACGCUGUGAUAUUCGUAGCCUUGUUCGUGAUCUGAUAAAAUGUGGAGAUAUGAAAGGAAUUAAAAUAGAUGCUCCAUUUGAUGUGUUUGAAGAGAAUCCACAGUUUAGACGGGCUCCACCAUUGGUUAGAGUGGAGAAGAUGUUUGAGGAUAUUCAGUCUAAACUUCCUGGGGCCCCACAGUUCCUUCUUUGUUUGCUUCCUGAGAGGAAGAACUCUGAUCUUUAUGGUCCAUGGAAACGAAAGAAUCUUGCUGAAUUUGGAAUAGUUACUCAGUGCAUUGCUCCAAUGAGGGUCAAUGACCAAUAUCUUACAAAUGUUCUCCUCAAGAUUAACGCAAAGCUUGGUGGGUUAAACUCUAUGUUGGCAGUUGAACAUUCUCCUUCCAUCCCAAUUGUUUCCAAGGCUCCCACCAUAAUCCUUGGGAUGGAUGUGUCACAUGGGUCUCCUGGACAGUCUGACAUUCCAUCAAUUGCUGCGGUUGUCAGCUCCAGGAAUUGGCCUCUGAUUUCUCGUUACAGAGCAGCUGUUCGUACACAGUCUCCAAAGGUUGAAAUGAUUGAUUCUUUGUUCAAAAAAGUCUCUGACACUGAAGAUGAAGGCAUUAUGAGGGAGCUGCUCUUGGACUUCUACACUAGUUCAGGGAAAAGGAAACCUGAUCAAAUCAUCAUAUUCAGGGAUGGUGUCAGUGAGUCACAGUUCAAUCAAGUCUUGAACAUUGAACUUGAUCAGAUCAUAGAGGCAUGCAAGUUUUUGGAUGAGAACUGGUGCCCCAAGUUUGUGGUGAUUGUUGCACAGAAAAAUCACCAUACUAAGUUCUUUCAGUCUGGAUCUCCUGAUAAUGUUCCACCUGGAACUGUUAUAGACAACAGAGUCUGUCAUCCGAAGAACAACGAUUUCUAUCUUUGUGCACACGCUGGAAUGAUUGGAACUACAAGGCCAACACAUUAUCAUGUUCUGUUAGACGAGGUGGGCUUUUCAGCUGAUGAUUUGCAGGAGCUUGUGCAUUCUCUUUCGUAUGUGUACCAGAGAAGCACUACAGCCAUUUCCGUGGUUGCUCCGAUUUGCUAUGCUCACCUGGCAGCCGCCCAGGUAGGAUCGUUCGUGAAAUUUGAAGACAAAUCUGAGACAUCUUCAAGCCAUGGUGGUAUGACAUCUGUGGGAGCUGCUGCGGUUCCUCAACUACCUAGAUUGCAGGAGAAAGUGUGCAACUCAAUGUUCUUUUGUUGAGGCCUUUUGUCCUGCAGAAGAAGAUAACUCAGUUUUUGUAUAGACUUUUUGGUUUUACAUUGGUGAUGCCUUGUUUCCUUCCUGACUCUGAAUUCGACUUUUGGCAUUAGUGUACAAACUGGUUAUGUAGUACCCAAG